AUGGAUUCGUGUUUUCCAGGCUCAUAUGACAUCACUGGCCCCAAAGCAAUGAGCAGCCGAGAGGGGGGCUCGUUGACUGUGCAGUGUCGAUACAGCCCUGGGUGGGAGACCCACGUGAAGUGGUGGUGCCGAGGAGCUGCUUGGAGCAGGUGCAAGUUCGUCAUUAAAACCACUGGAUCAGAGAAGGAGGUGAAGAAGGACCGCGUGUCCAUCAGCGACAAUUGGAAAAAACGCACCAUGACCGUGACCAUGGAGAAGCUCAGGCUAAACGAUGCAGACACUUACUGGUGUGGGAUUGAGAAAUUUGCAACUGACCUUGGGGUCCAAGUUAAAGUGACCAUUGACCCAGCACCAGCCGCCGUGCCGGCCACCACUCCUGCCACCUCUGCUGUCAACACGUUCACAGUGACGAUCAGCUUGGAAGAGAUCAGCGGCUCCCUGGCUGUGACCAGCCCCGGCUCCAACAGCGGCGGUGUCUUCCUGAAGGCCAGCAUUCUCCUUCCCCUCAUCCUUGCUGUGGUGCUUCUUCUCUUGAUGGUGGCCUCACUGGUGGUUUGGAGAAUGGUGAAACAACAGAAGAAAGGCUCAUAUGACAUCACUGGCCCCAAAGCAAUGAGCAGCCGAGAGGGGGGCUCGUUGACUGUGCAGUGUCGAUACAGCCCUGGGUGGGAGACCCACGUGAAGUGGUGGUGCCGAGGAGCUGCUUGGAGCAGGUGCAAGUUCGUCAUUAAAACCACUGGAUCAGAGAAGGAGGUGAAGAAGGACCGCGUGUCCAUCAGCGACAAUUGGAAAAAACGCACCAUGACCGUGACCAUGGAGAAGCUCAGGCUAAACGAUGCAGACACUUACUGGUGUGGGAUUGAGAAAUUUGCAACUGACCUUGGGGUCCAAGUUAAAGUGACCAUUGACCCAGCACCAGCCGCCGUGCCGGCCACCACUCCUGCCACCUCUGCUGUCAACACGUUCACAGUGACGAUCAGCUUGGAAGAGAUCAGCGGCUCCCUGGCUGUGACCAGCCCCGGCUCCAACAGCGGCGGUGUCUUCCUGAAGGCCAGCAUUCUCCUUCCCCUCAUCCUUGCUGUGGUGCUUCUUCUCUUGAUGGUGGCCUCACUGGUGGUUUGGAGAAUGGUGAAACAACAGAAGAAAGCUGCUGGGAUAUCCCCAGAGCAGGUGCUUCAGCCUCCGGAGGGCGACAUCUGCUAUGCAAACCUGAGCCUGCAGAAGACUGAAAACUCUGGGUCCUCCCAGAAGAAGGCUCCCACGAGGUCCUCUUCCUGCACCCAGGCCAACGCGGGGGAAGUGGAGUAUGUCACCAUGACUCCCUUUCCCAGGGAGGACAUUGCCUAUGCAGCUCUGUCUUUGGAAACCUCAGAUCAAGAGCCAACCUAUAGCAACAUGGGGUACCUCAUCACCCACAUUCCCAGCAGGAGCCAUGAGGAACCCACGGAAUACAGCACCGUCGGGAAGCCUUAGCCUGCGCUCCAGGGGCCCCUCUCAGACCCACUCGAGGCCUCUGAGCACAUUCCUGCUUCGUCUGCUUUCUGCCCGCCCCCCAGUCCCCUCAUGGGAACAGCCAGUUCCUGAGGCCUCUGCCUGACGCAGUCAACGUCAUGGCCAGCUGUGGUUUG